UCAACAAAUCUGACUUUGUUUUCAUUGUGCUGGAAUCAUUUCUUUAAAUCACGAUAUACUUACGAUACAUGUUUUUUCAUAUUAUCCAUGAAAUUAUUCUGACGCUUUGUCAUGUCGAGGUGUCAGAUAGAAAUUUCUAUGCAAUGAAAUGAAAAAAAAAGUUUGCUUUCCCGAUCGAUCACUCAUCGAAAGCUCAAGCUAGCUAAAGCUAUAUUUAUCUCAUACAUACGUAAUUUACUCCUUCAAUAAUUCCUUUAAUUUCCAUCCAACCAUCCAGUUACCUGAACCCUUCAUAGUCAAACCUUACCCAAACUUACCAAAGUUUAGUAGCAAAUAUUUAAUAUAUUUAUAAAUAGUCAGUCAAUAGCCAAAAACAGCAGCAAAAACCUACCGUCAAGUAUUACUUUGUUUAGUCAGAGCUGAAUCUUUUUAGUAGCAUGCGUUUCUUUGAGGCUUUCCAGAAUAAGAAUUUUUCAUAAUGAGGAUAUUUACCGUGCUACAAGAUUUUUCAGCUAUUUAUUACCUUUUUGCUUCGUGUUACCAAUACUACUACCUCUCUCAUUACCAUACUUACACCUACUACUACUCGUUUAAUUAUCAUUAUUAUUACUGUACUACCUACUACCUCACUUUUUAAUCUUGACUUGAACAUGUCGUUUCGUAAAACGUACACCCACCCUUGAAAAAAUCUGUGCUUUCACUUUACCAAAAAUUUUUGUAUAUUGUUGCGAUACGUUUAUGCGAUGAUUUCUUCUUUUUCCAUAAAUUUGUCCAUUAAUUUCCAUAAUUUCCACAAAUUAUUAUGUGCCAAAUAAAAAUAUCGCAUAAACUAUGAGCACUAAUACAUAAUUAGAUAAUUACCUUGCUUUAAAAUUAUUCAUUUAUUUUAUCUACAUUAAUUUUAUUUUCUUGUGAGCACUUUACAAUUUAUGUUCGUACCUGAAUAAAAAAGACACUAUUUUUAUGAUAUUUCGUUCACUCACGCAUUCUUUUCAAUUGUUUGAUUUCAAUUUUUGUGAUCUUGUUUGUUAUUCUUAAUUCUUAUUCAUGUUAAUUUUAGAAUUUUUGUUAUGUUGUGUGGUUGUUUGGAAUGUGUGUAUUUAAGUAUGUAUGCUAGUUUGGAGUACAUUUGUGAUUUUGUGUAUGAGAGUGGAUCAAGUUUUUUUAAAGAAAAUGAUACGUAUGUAAAUUGACACUGCAAAAGAAAACCUAUGUGCAGCUUGAUCAAUCGUCUAUUAUUACAUCCCUGUAUUAAUACUUAAUUGCUAUUUAUUGAUUACAUUUCGCUACAAAUGUAAUUUAUGUAAAAUUGGCUUUUUUGUUACAAUCUUAAAAAUUCUACUUCAAUAAUUUAAAAAUUUCUACCCGUUUUUGUGAUAUUUGUCAGCCUUGCGUUCAAUUCAAAGAAACUUCUUUCUUCUUCCAAAGCUUUUGUACUCCUGAAAUUCCACAAAAAAAUGUAUAUAAAAUUACGUCCGUGAUUUCCAAGUUUGUCAGCUUUCACCCUUAAAUUUCUAUAAAAUUUCUAUAAAAUCUAUCUCAAUAAAACGAAUUUUCAGAGCACGGUAACAUAUUUAUGAUCUGAAAGUAUUUUAAAACACGGCUGUUAUAGACAUAACUUGACCAAAGUAUUGCACACAGGUUUUGCUCUGCCAGUUUGAAUAUUUCUAAACGAUGAGUGCCUUACCAGGAGUGAGUGAAAGUUGGAGAAAAUGUGAAAUUAUGUUAUAAAAUACUUGCCCAUGCCGCACAAGAAUUGCCAUUUUCGUAACUACACAGUAGUAAAUAUUACCAAGUGCAAAAGUGUAACAAUUACAGUGACUGAUAUAUUUUUAAUGAUUGUCGAGAGUGGAGAAAGUUAAGAUGGUUGCGAGAGUUUGUUGUACAAAUGUUGAGAGAAAGUUGGUCUCAUUUUGAACCAGUUUUCUCACCCACACACACUGCACGAAUUAUUUUUAUUUUACUUAUUUUUUUUACCAAAAUAUUUCAUUCGCUCAUAUUUAUUCUUCACCAGCUACUUACUUAAUUACCAUAAAUAGUUAUUAUAUGCCCUGCGACUUUGCCAUGCCAUUCUUGCAUAAAAGCCGAUGCAUUCUGCAAAUGCCUUGCAUUCCGCAUAUUUAUUAAUUAUAUGAAUGAGGAAAUACAGUAUUUUUCUUAUAAUUUUAUCGCAAAGGUGACACAACGGUGAACAUGUUGAAAUUUGUUUAUUUUAUUUAUAUUUUAUGAGCGAGUGCGUUAUUUACUCCGGAAUUUAUUGCCAUAAAUGUGCAUUAUUAACAACCCAGCAGCAGCAGUGACGUGCUAAUCUGCCAUUUAAUAACAAUACGUGCAUAUUUGACUGACUGAUUGAUUGAUUAAUUAUUAUUUAAAUUCCUUAAUUUAAUUAUUAUUAUUAUAUUUAUAUUUAUCACCUAACGUACAUGUUUACAAAAUUGUUCCUUUUCACACGUGCCGCACUACUUUACUAACCGCAGUCAGUAUUAACCCUUGCGUCAAAAUAAUGAUUCAUAUUACACCACAAAUUUUAAAAGUAUUAAUAAUUACUUAUCAAAAGUGGGAGUUGGUCCCACGCUAAAUAAAAAAAAAUACUUAUUGCUUGCGCUUACACCAAAACUAAAAGUUUUGACAAACUAAACUAAUCACAAUUAGUUUAAAUAAUUGCGAGGAUAACCAUUUUACAUAAAUACAGGAUGAUUAGAGACAUCUAUUAAUUUUAUGAAAAAAACAAUUAUUCCCGUGUUUCUGUGUGUGUGACCUUUGUUACUUACCUGAUGUUUCGCAGUCCACUGGGAGGCAGGCCCAGGGGACGAGGAGGUGAAAAGUGUCAAAUUCACCACAACUACUACUACGACUAUCACAAGUGCGGUGGAUCGUGCCUCCUCCAAGUCCGAGGAGUCUGUCGGAUUCGGGACUCCGGAGAAGGGAAAGCAUUCCUACUCUUCGGAGGAGAAAGAGACCGAGAGUCAGUCUCAGUCCGCGUUCGACACGGGGAUUAGCGUGACCACGACGAGCGCUAGUGUUAGCAUUAUUAGAGAUAGCAGUAGCAGAGAGCCUGACACGGAAGGCGAGGUUUCCGACUUUAGCUUAACCUCUCCGAAAAAGGAGACCCUGGGCAAAGAUAUUAUUAGGAAGGGAGUAGUUACCCCGUCAUCCUUCGAUGAUGGGGUGGAUGAUAGCACGAGCUCCAGAGUUGAUGAUACUUUCACCCUCACGGAACAUGAUAUGACUGAUCAGGAAGAAGAGGAUGAUAAGACUUUGGACGCAUCGGUACCUAAUAUUCAAGCACAAGCCCAAGUUCCAACAAGCUUAACGCUAACGACGACUACCACGACGAGUGAACAAAUUCGGGUUGAAAAACAGCAAGUGAAAGUAGAAACAGCAAAGCCCCAGAAACCUACCCCUUCCCCUCCAGCGACUGAAUCUACUGUUACCGUAAAAGUGGUGGAUAAGGCGUGCAGCCCGCUACAGACACAAGUCGGGACUCCAGAGAAAGAAAAACUUAAACCGGAAACGGUUUCCCGAUCGCAACAAAUGACCACAGAGUCUGUCGACGCGCAAGUUGGGACGUCCCCACAGGACACCAAGCAUAAAGACGUCCUCACGCGGCUACACAACUUAACCAAUAUGCCCAUCGGAGAUGAUGAAAUUUAUACCACUCUGAAAAAUCAGGAGGCAGAGAUGCUUUCCAAAAGUGGGGAAGUUGUGCAUUCCAAAGCGAUUGAAACUCCAUAUUCUGGAGGAAAGGGUAGCGUUUCCAGCACUACGGACUUGAUGAGUCCACCUGCCACGAAAGCAGACGCUGCUGCUACUACAUCUCCGAAAGGAACUACUUCCGGUUCCAUAGAGGACGACGAGAUGCAAUUCGACCUCAGCAUUGAGGAGGAAGAAGCUUCCCCCGAUAAACAAGAAGAAACUGAUGAAAACGUACCUGACGUUGUUCCAGAUGCUAAACCUAGCGAUGAUAAGCCUAGCGCAUCAAUGACAACGACGACUACCACAACCACUACGAUAACCACGAAAGUUAUCACUACUGGAGAAGAGUCUGUCCCCCAACAGAUUAUUGUUAAGGCUGACGACACUACUAUUACUGCCGAAGAGAGGAAAGAUGUGAAAGCGGAGAAAGCUGUGAUAUCCAAAAAAGAGGAGACUUCAACCAAGAGAUUUAUUGUAGAAAAGAGUGAUCAAGAGGAAAAGUCGCCUCAAGAGGAGAAGAAAGAUUUGCCUGAAAAGAUUGUGAUUCUUAAGGAAGAGGUCGUCGUUGUGGAGACCACCACGACCUCCUCCACUGCUGGAGUCAGUGGUCCCCCAGUCCCCCAAAAUUACUCCAACUGCAAGUUGACGCUUCCAGCUCGGAAGUCUCCACGUCCGACAGUCCCCCCACAACGGUUAAAGAUUUAGAAGAAAUUUCCACCGAUAUCGAGUUAAAGUCUGAAAGUCAUGACAUAUUAGGAGUAGAAGAGGGAACAAAGCCUUCCAAAGUGGAAACUGAAAAGGAGAAAGUUGAAAAAGACAAGAAACCUGAAAUUACGCCGUUUCCAGGUGAGACUGCUAAGUUAACGAGCCUUGAGCACCCCAAGCUUA